AUGAUUUCACAUAGGUAUGGAAAAAGACUACAAGAGAAAGCAAACAUGAUACUGCAUAAAAUAUACAAUUGGAGCAAACAGAAUAAACUUGACAUCAAUUAUGAUAAGUGUGAGAAUAUGGUUCUCUCAAAAGGAAAACAACUUCAAAAGGCUUUCAAAAUAACCAUUAAUGGAAAUAGGAUUAAAAAUGUUAACGUGAUGAAAUAUUUAGGAGUAAUGAUUGAUUGUAGCUUAACCUGGACUAAACAUUUAGAUUACAUCGCAAGUAAAAUAAGCAAAACAAUGAAUGCCAUGUUAAGUAUUGCUCACAAGGAGUGGGGCCUCAGUGGGAAAGCAAUUACAAUGCUAAAUAAAGCAUGCAUCGAACCAGCUAUUUUAUAUGGUGCUCCGUUUUGGGGCGAAAAAAUUGACAAUAUUAACUUCAAACGUAAGAUUCAAUCCAUACAACGACCGAUACUCAUCAGAAUGUGUAGAGCAUAUAGGACAACGUCCAACGCGGCAUUGCAAGUAUUAGCAGGGUGUACUCCAUUAUACCUGAAAGUUAAAAUGCUAACAUGGACAUGGACAUUCAACAAUAUACAGAUUACAAAAGAAGGCCUCAACAAUCUUACGAAGUAUGCGGAUAUCGGUUGCCUCCCUAAUCUGGAUUAUAAUUUUUUACAGACCUUUGUCAAUAAUGGAAUAAUCAAAGAGAAAUCUAAAUACGUUCACCCAACAAAUAACUACAAGGCUGACAUCACUGAUAUUAAUGCAGAACCAUACCCUACUAACUUUAUCUUUACGGAUGGUUCCAAAAACAACAGAAAUGUAGGAGCAUCUUUUAUUCAUUUUAAACAUGGCAAUGCAAACUUCAAACAUGAAGCCGGCUUUAAACUAGCCAGCUAUUGCUCUGUUCCUGAUGCCGAAUUGUACGCUAUAUUUCAAGCUAUCUCUUACAUUUACACAUUGAAAGACUACAAAGGACAUCUACGUAUAUGUACGGAUAGCCAAACCUCACUUCGUCGUAUCAACAGUGACUAUUUUGAUUGCGAUAUGAUAAAUAACAUCCGGAAUAAGUUGAAGAAUAUACACAACUAUAAAAUCAGCUUCGCUUGGGUUAAAGGCCACAGCGGGGUGCAGGGAAAUGAAGAAGCAGAUAGACUAGCGAAAAAGCAUGCUAAUGAGAAUGGUGAGAUCAUCUAUACUGCUCUUACCAAGAAAAACAUCAAGGAUCUGAUUCAACAAACUGCCCUUCAGCUGUGGCAAGUGGAUUGGGAAAAUGGUGAUACAGGAAGAAUCACCUUUAAAUUUUUCCCAUGUAUUCAACAGCGCCUUGCCAUGAAACAUUUGAAUAUUGGUUACAUCAUGACACAGACAUUCACCGGACAUGGGAAUCUGAAGCACUACCUUCAUCGAUUCGGUCUUUCCGACGAAGAAACAUGCAGUUGCGAUGGUGCAUCGGUCCAAGAUGUCGAUCACUUGAUCUUCUACUGCAGCAACUAUAACAGAGAAAGAAGCUCUUUAAUUCAACAAACAUUGCAACACGGGUUCAAUUGGCCAUGCGAACUACACCAUCUCGUAACUGAAAAAGAACUCUUUUAUGAACUUCAAACUUUUAUUAAGAAGACUAAAGCGCUUGAGACGAACUUUAAAAGAACACAUUAG